AUGUUAACAGAACUUAUUAUUGAAAUUUGUGAAUGCGAAAGAAGAACAGAAACUGUCCGUAAAUUACUUUCCUAAUUAUCCUAAUUUGAACCUUAUGCUGGUAAAUUGUUUUAUCAAGUUAGAGCAUUCAAAAGAAUGGACAAAAGUAGAUGUGGAGAAAUCUCUUAUCAAGAUAUCAUUGAUUUUAUGCUUGAUAAUGACUGCAGUCUCACAAGUUUAGAAGCAUCCUAUUUACUGUAAUAUUUGGACUUCAACAGGGAUGGAAGAGUAACCUAUACAGACUUUGCUAAACAGAUACUACCAAAAACUGAUCUUAUUCUUAAAGAAACAGCUGCUGCCAGAGAUUCAUACUUUGUAUUAGCCAACAAAACUCUACCGAAUGAAGUUGAAUGGGGAUUGUUCAAAAUACUCCAUUAGGAGUUGUCUAAUUUCAAACAUCUGAAAAUUGUCAAAGAAUUAUGCAAGGAAUCAGUCUAAUAGGCAUUCUAAAUGAUAGAUCAUUACUAACUAGGGUAUUUCACAGCGCAACAUUUGGAGAAUUAUUUUAAAAGCAAUUACAUACAAUAUGAUAAGCAGGAUAUUAGUGCAUUCUUUCAUGCUUCAGAUAGGGAUGAAGAUAAUAAAAUAUCCAUUGUGGAAUUCAAUUAUGUCAUUAAGCCUUUCCAUCCCUCUUAAAUUUUGAAGGACAGGGAGAGGGCUUUUUAUAGCACUCCCAAAAAGUAUCGUAGAAUUGACAACUCCCCAAAACCAUAGAAUUCAUUCACCAACGUGAGAUCAAAAUAAUUCAUUUAUAAAACUCCUGUUAAGGCAGAUCUAUCUUAGCCGGACUUAGAAGUUUAGAAAUAGCAUUUGAUCUAACAAAGCGACUUCAAUUUAAUUGAUUUGUUUUAUUAACAACCGAAGGCUACUCCGGAAAUGAAGUUUAGAAAAUUUUGCAAAACCAUUCUCCCAAAGAAUGUCCCUCCAAAUUACUAAUCAAAGCCGAUUAGUGCGAAGACAUAUUAGAUGAUGCUCAAUAUACUUAGAUAAUGA